UCACACCGUUGUACCGUUAACUAAGCGAUCUCCGUUAAUUGCUUAUAUUUUCGUAGAAGCUGAACCUUGUCUCACACACGUUGAAAUUGCAGUAUGAGGAUCGGAUGGAAACGCUGUUGGGUAAACGUCAACUUUCGAGUGUAGUGAAAAUCCUAAUCUUAUGGACUCUGGUCUCAAUUCAGGUGAAGGCCCUGAAUCAACCCAAUACAUGGACCAUGAAAACCAAACAAUGAGAACAAGAGAAGAACUAGAAAGUGAUAACGAAGAAAACCCAAUCUCAAAACAACCGAAAAAGAAGCCCGGUGGAAAGCACCGGAAGAACCCGAACCAACAACAAGUAACAACCAAGCAAAUAUGGAGGUCCUUACCUCAGAGGCAUUCCAGGCAUCACUUCGGGAGACUGAAAGUGUUUGGUUUAGAGCUUUUUAGAGUCUCUCACACAACAAGGACAAGAUGGGGAAGGCAGAGAAAGGAACACCAAAAGACCUGGCCAAUAAGAUGAAGGCCAAGGGUCUCCAGAAAUUGCGAUGGUACUGUCAGAUGUGUCAAAAACAAUGUCGAGAUGAAAAUGGAUUCAAGUGCCACACUCUGUCAGAAAGUCACCAACGACAGCUCCUCCUUUUUGCUGAAGAUCCUGACAAGUACCUGGACAGCUUCUCAGAAGAGUUCCUUGAGGGAUAUGAAAGCCUUCUUAAGAGAAGGUAUGGUACAAAGAGAGUACAUGCCAAUAAUGUGUACCAAGAAUACAUCCAAGACAGAGACCAUGUGCACAUGAACGCUACCAAAUGGGAGACUCUUACUGAUUUUGUCAAGUGGCUCGGGCGAGAAGGGAGGUGCCAUGUUGAUGAAACAGAGAAGGGAUGGUAUGUGGCAUAUAUCGAUAGGGAUCCUGAGACCAUCCGAAGACAGAAACAAAUGGAGAGGCGUGAUAAAUAUGAGAAAAAUGAAGAGGAACGAAUGCAAGAGUUUAUAUCCCGACAAAUUGAGCUUGGUCGGGCUAAGCAGGGUGAAGAAGAGAAGGAAUACAAGGAAUUGCAACGAGAGAAUGAAGAUGAAGUGAUAGCCCUAGAUAUGAAGCUACCCAGCUCAUCUAAAACACUAAAGGCAAGUAGCUUCAACAAAAAUGCCUUAAUGGCAGGACCAAAAAGCAAGCCAAAGGCAGAGGAGAAAGUCAGAAAAGAAACAAAGAAGAGGACAGCUCUUCAUGACAUCAUGAAAGAGGAAAUGCAUAAAAAAGUAAAGGAACAAAUAGCAGCCAAAAAAAACAAAGCCGAAAAAGAAGAAAAGGCUGAGAUACCUUGGUUAGCAAAAGGAAUUGUUGUUAAGAUCAUCACAGAAGAACUAGGCUCCAAAUAUUAUAGAGCAAAAGGAGUUGUUCGAGAUGUGAUUGAUGACUAUGGCGCGAUAGUGAAGUUAUUAGAUUCCGGUGCAAAGAUUAAGAUAGACCAAAUGGCUUUAGAGACUGUAAUCCCCUCACUUAAAAGGAAAGUACUGAUUCUUGUUGGCAAACACUGUAAGAAAGAAGCCGUGCUUGAAAGCAUCCAGGAGGACUCUUUUAGUGCCACACUAGUUUUGGAUGAUGGACAGAUAUUAACAAAUAUUCCUUAUGAACAUUUUAGUAAAUUAUACACUUCCUGAUCAGCAGGAGAGCAUUUUGUAGCAUGGUCUAUAUAUUCUUGCAAAUUAGAACUCUUAGGAUUGGUGGAUUUAUAUUUUUUAUUUAGCAUAAAGUUGCUCUUAAUGUAAGAAAUGAAAACCAUUUGUAUAUAAAGUAUUCUAAUGGUUUCAUGGCAAAAUUGCCUAUUACAUGUACAAUUUUGGAAUACAUACUUCAAGAUAAC